AUGAAUCAUUGUGACCUUUCCAGGAAAGAUUGCAAGCUGUCUAGAACUGGGCCACCAGCUACAAUAGUUGCUAUUGAUGAAGAAAGCCGAAAUGGUACAAUCCUAGUGGAUAAUAUGUUGAUCAAGGGGACAGCGGGAGGACCCAACCCUACAAUUGAGCUCUCCUUAAAGGACAAUGUGGAUUAUUGGGUGUUGUUGGAUCCCAUCAAGCAGAUGCUUUUCCUGAAUAGCACCGGCCGGAUUCUGGACAGAGAUCCUCCAAUGUCCAUUCAGUCCAUUGUGGUCCAAGUCCAGUGCAUAAACAAAAAGGUUGGCACUGUUAUCUACCAUGAAGUGCGGAUUGUGGUGAGAGACAGAAAUGACAACUCACCCCGUUUCAAGCAUGAGGAAUAUCACGCCACAGUGAAUGAGUUAACUCCAGUUGGGACCACCAUUUUCACAGGAUUUUCAGGAGACAAUGGAGCUACCGACAUAGAUGAUGGUCCUAAUGGCCAGAUAGAAUAUGUUAUUCAGUACAAUCCUGAUGAUUCGACAUCCAAUAGGACCUUUGACAUUCCCCUCACUUUGUCUGGAGCGGUGGUGUUGCGAGAGAGGUUGAACUAUGAAGAAAAGACCCGCUAUUUUGUCAUUGUCCAAGCUAAUGACCGUGCUCAAAAUCUUAACCAACGAAGGACAACGACAGUGACCCUCACGGUCGAUGUACUUGAUGGGGAUGAUCUGGGGCCAAUGUUUCUUCCUUGCGAGUUAGUGGCUCACACACGUGAUUGCCGACCUCUCACCUACCAAGCCAGUGUGCCUGAACUGAGAAGCCCGGCAGAAGUGAACCCCGUCAGUGUCACACCACCAAUUCAAGCUGUAGAUCAGGAUCGAAAUAUUCAACCUCCUUCUGAUCGACCAGGCAUCCUCUAUUUCAUCUUAGUGGGGACUCCUGAGGAUUAUCCACAAUAUUUCUAUAUGGAUCCUACAACUGCUGAACUCAGCCUCCUACAGCCAAUCAACAGGGAUUUUCACCAGAAAUUUGAUUUGGUUAUAAAGGCAGAACAAGAUAAUGGCCACCCACUUCCUGCAUUUGCCAACCUGCAUAUUGAAGUACUGGAUGAAAACAAUCAGACGCCUUACUUCACAGUCCCAAGUUAUGAAGGCUUCAUCCUGGAGUCUUCCCCAGUGGGUGCAACCAUCUCUGACAAUGAAAACCUGACAUAUCCGCUAAGAAUCAUAGCACUGGACAAGGACGUUGAAGAUACAAAGGACCCGGAGCUCCAUCUUUACCUGAAUGAUUACACCAACGUUUUUUCUGUGACGCAGACCGGAAUAACUCGCUACCUCACCUUGCUUCAACCUGUUGACAGGGAACAACAGCAGAUGUACACCUUUUCGAUAACAGCAUCUGAUGGAGUGCAAGAAAGCCCCCCAGUUACAGUUAAUAUUCGGGUGAUUGAUGCAAAUGAUAACACCCCAACAUUUUCAGAUAUCUCCUACAAUGUAGAUAUUUACACAGACAUGAGUCCUGGAGACAGCGUCAUAAAGCUCACUGCAGUAGACGCAGACGAAGGGUCAAACGGGCAGAUCAUAUACGAAAUCCUGGCUGGGGAUCAGGGAGACUUCAUCAUCAAUAACACCACGGGUCUUAUCAGCAUCGCUCCAGGAGUUGAAUUGACAGUAGGGCGGUCCUAUGCUCUCACUAUCAAAGCAUCUGACAAUGCUCCUCUUGCAGAGAGAAGGAAUUCCAUCUGCACCGUAUACAUUGAAGUGCUUCCUCCAAAUAAUCAAAGCCCUCCUCGCUUUCCCCAGUCAAUGUACAGCCUGGAAAUCAGUGAAGCCAUGCGUGUUGGGGCUGUUCUGUUAAAUAUGCAGGCAACAGAUCGAGAGGGAGAUCCAAUAACGUACUCAAUUGAGAAUGGAGAUCCUCAGCGUGUUUUCAAUCUCUCACAAACCUCUGGGAUUCUUGCCUUAGGGAAGCCAUUGGACCGAGAAAGCACCGAUCGCUACAUUUUGAUUGUCACAGCCUCGGAUGGUAGACCAGAUGGAACUUCAACAGCCACCAUCAAUGUAGUGGUGACAGACGUAAAUGACAAUGGACCCAUGUUUGAUCCUUAUCUUCCUCGAAAUUUGUCCGUCCAGGAAGAGAAAGCAAAUGCUUUUGUUGGUCAAGUGAGGGCUACAGAUCCAGAUGCUGGAAUAAAUGGACAGGUUUUCUACAGUUUGGCAAACUUUAAUCAUCUUUUUCGCAUUACGUCCAAUGGUAGCAUUUACACGGCAGUUAAGCUUAACAGAGAAGCAAGGGAUUAUUAUGAACUUAUCGUUGAGGCAACGGAUGGAGCCGUACACCCUCGCCGGUCAGCCUUAACUCUGACCAUCAAAGUCUUGGACAUUGAUGACAACAGCCCGGUGUUCACCAAUUCUUCAUAUACAGUAACUGUUCCAGAGAAUCUACCAGCUGGGACCAUUUUCCUCCAAAUAGAGGCAAAAGAUGUCGACCUUGGUUCCAAUGUCUCCUAUCGGAUUCGAAGUUCAGAAGUCAAGCAUUAUUUUGCAUUGGAUCCAUUUUCAGGAGAAUUAUCUCUUUUAAAGAGCUUGGACUAUGAAUCCUUCCCAGACCCAGAGGCAACUCUCACUUUUCUAGUGGAAGCCUUUGAUAUUGGAGGAACCAUGCCACCUGGUCUUGCUACUGUCACGGUGAUGGUGAAGGAUAUGAACGAUUAUGCUCCGGUGUUUAGUAAGCAGGUCUACAGAGGUAUGGUGGCACCUGACGCAAUCAAAGGCACAGUCAUCACUAUUGUAUCAGCUGAAGACCAGGAUCCUCCUGGAACACCACCAAGUCGAGUAAGAUAUAAAGUUGAUGACAUCCAGUUUCCUUAUCCUGCCACAAUUUUUGACAUCGAGGAGGAUUCGGGCCGGGUAAUAACUCGAGUGAAUCUUAAUGAAGAACCUGGUACAAUAUUUAAGUUGGCUGUAAUCGCUUAUGAUGAUGGAGAUCCUGUAAUGUCCAGCACUGCCCUUGUGAAAGUUGUAGUUUUACAGCCAUCAGAAAUUCCACUCUUCACCCAGGAGGAAUACAGACCUCCUCCAGUAAGCGAAAGUGCUGCCAGAGGAACUGUAGUGGGUGUUAUCGUCGCUGCCGCCAUGAAUCAAACCGUUGUGUAUUCUAUUGUUACAGGAAAUGAAGAGGGAGUAUUUGGAAUUAACAACAUCACUGGAGUUAUCUAUGUGGACAAGCCUCUGGAUUUCGAGACCACCAAAAGCUACAUCCUUCGAGUUCAAGCAGAUUCAUUAGAAAUAGUGAGAAAUAACUUUCGAGUCCCUUCUAAAAGCAACACAGCGAAAGUGUUCAUUGAGGUUGAGGAUGCAAAUGAUCAUCCUCCCGUCUUUGAGAAAAAUCUCUACAUUGGAGGAGUGUCUGAGGAUGCCAGGAUGUUUGCUUCUGUACUCAAAGUUAAGGCUACUGAUAAGGACACUGGAAAUUACAGUGCUAUGGCAUACAGACUCAUCAUACCCCCAAUCAAGGAUGGAAAAGAAGGCUUUGUAGUGGAAACAUAUACUGGGGUUAUUAAGACUGCCAUGUUAUUCAAAAAUAUGAGACGGUCCUACUUCAAGUUUCAAGUCAUCGCAACUGACGACUAUGGGAAUGGUUUGAGCAGCAAAUCAGAAGUUCUUGUAUCCGUGGUCAAUCAGUUGGAUAUGCAAGUCAUUGUCUCCAAUGUUCCUCCUACACUCGUAGAACAACGCAAAGAAGAACUUAUAGCGAUUUUGGAUCGUUAUGUUCAGGACCAGAUCCCUGGUGCAAAGGUUGUGGUAGAAUCUAUUGGAGCCCGCAGGCAUGGAGAUGGUUUUUCAGAAGAAGAUUAUUCUAAAUGUGAUCUGACCGUCUAUGCAAUUGAUCCUCAAACAAACCGAGCUAUAAUGAGGAAUGAGCUUUUUAAGUUUUUGGAUGGCAAGCUGCUUGAUAUCAAUAAGGAUUUUCAACCGUAUUACGGACAAGGAGGACGCAUUUUGGAAAUCCGGGCCCCAGAUGCGGUAGCUAAUGUUAAGAAACAGGCGCAAGCAGUGGGUUACACGGAAGCAGCACUGCUGGCUCUGGCUGUGAUCAUUAUCCUUUGCUGUAUUCCUGCCAUCUUGAUUGUUUUGGUCAGCUACAAACAAUUUAAAGUACGUCAAGCCGAGUGCACAAAGACAGCAAGAAUCCAGAGUGCUUUACCUGCUGCCAAGCCUGCAGCCCCCGCACCAGUGGCUGCCCCUCCCCAACCUCCACCUCCACAGACCGGCGGCGCAAAUCUCUACGAAGAGCUCGGUAGCAGCACAAUUCUUUUUCUUCUCUACCAUUUCCAACAAAGCAGGGGAAAAAAGUCAUUCUUAGAAGAAGGAGAACGUCAAAGAGUCAUAAGCCACUUUGCUUCCCGUGCUAUUGAGGCUCACAAGCAGUCUCAUGUCAAUGGAUCAGUCAAGAAUAAUCUACCCAAAUCUGCAAGUAACAUCACAAUUCUGUCUGAUGAUAACCCAUUAAUUAUCCAGAAUCCUCUUUAUGUAGAAGGUAUAGGUCAAGGAUCUACAGGUGCUGGCUAUUUAUGGAGAAAUACAAGUUUAUUAGACAAAUUUUCACCUAGAAGACUGGCCAAGAAAGAGGCUCUAAGGUGUCCUUCAGAAAGCAUUCAACGGGCUUGGACUUUGCCAAAGUGUUUUACUAGGAGACAAGUCUAUGAAGUUCUAAGUAGGCCACUAAUCCUAGAUCCAUUCCAGGGGCAAAAGGAAAAAUUCAGAACUGAAUUUGAAAGGAAUGGAGGCCAGCAAAGUAAGGUGGAUGAGAUUAGUUCUCCAUUUGACACAGAUUCAAAGUUAACGGUAAAAGAGAAAGCACGACAAUUUGAACAUCAUGCUUUACAGGAAAUGAAGGAAGUGAACAAUCAUGAAAUCAGAAAUAUUGAAAAGUCAGUGGCUAACAUGUACAACCAAAUAGACAAAAUGCAUCCAAUACCCAAGCAUGUGAUGAAGCCUAAACAGCUCCCUGCACCAACUCUUCCAAAUACAGAAAUUGUGGCUGAGCAGAACCAGCAGAAUGGAAACUUGAGCCUCUGGGAAACAGGAAGGCAAAGUUAUGCACUAGAGCAACAACAACUGCUGAGGCCUUCUCUUCUUAGACCAGAGGAGUUGUCUAUGGAGUCUGGAAUUGACCCUGGCCAAGAAUAUGGACAAGAUUAUUACAGUUAUGAGCAUGGGUAUGAAUUGCCUCAAUAUGGAAGUCGCCGCCGGCUGCUCUCUCCAUCUGGAAUGUAUGAUGAAUAUGGUGAGAUGGUUGCAGAAACUGAGGAAGAUUAUGAGGAAGAAGAAGUAAUUCAUGCAAAACAGCCAAAGAAAGGUAAAAGGGAGAGAAAAGAAGCUAGUGAUGUAGGUGAACCUAGUGAUGAGGGAGCAAUCCAGAAACCAACAGCAGCUGAGACUGCCCAUGCUACCUGGAAGAAGGCAAAAAUAUUCCCAAUGAUCCUUAAGAAAGUCAAAGGAAAGGAUUAUGCUCAAUUGGCCCCCGGUGAGAAGCCAGGAAUUUCCAUCCAAAUCACAGAAAGUGAAGCCGUGGAACGGAAGAUGGAUCCAAGAAGACUCGAUGAUGAAGAUAAAGAUUACCUGAAAGUUACUUUGGACCAGGAUGAAGCCACUGAAAGUACCGUGGAUUCGGAAGAAGAAGACAGUGAAGAUUACAGUGACUACAGUUACUACAGUGAAGGAAGUGGGUCAGAAGAAUCCAGCUCUAGCUCUGAAGAAGAGGAAUCUGGGUCAGAAGAAUCUGAGGAAAGCUCUGAGUCUGACUCUGCAGAGAGUGAAGUGGAAUCAGAAGGGGAAUUGAGUGUCCAUUCUUCUGAGGACAACGGUGAUAUUAUCAUUGGAAGAAGAAAAAAGAUUGUUCCCAAGUCUGCUUCCAAAGCAGCCAAAAAUGUCCAAGAAACACAUGAAAAUACUAUCAAGGAGCUCCCUGAAGGAGAACAAGAGGAAAAGGAAGAGGAACAAGAAGAUGUUGAAGAAAAUGUGGUUACAACACAGCCCUUUAGAACAAGAGACAAGCAGUGGGCAAGGAAAAAGAUGAUUAAGUUCGUCAUUGAUCAUGACUAUGAGACCAGUUCAGCAGGUGAAGACAGCGCUCCUGAAUGUCAGCGGAACCGUCUUCAAAAUCCCAACCUCCAAACCAACAUCAACGGCAACGUAUAUAUUGCCCAGAAUGGAUCAGUCGUGAGAACCCGCCGGGUUUGCCUCACCAACAAUUUGAAAGGCACUUCCCCUUCCAGGCUGGGGAAGCACUUUAAGAAAUUAGACAAGUUAGCAGUGACCCAUGAGGAGAACAUCCCCUUGAACACACUGUCAAUGGGGGCAUUUUCCAGUGAGAAACUGAACACAAGACCAUCUAUGGUUUCAUUUGCCCCUCGCACGAUAGGGGCUGACAAUGCAGCAGCAAAACCAAGGGGAAAUAGAAUGAAAAGCACAGCAGAGCAGGAAUCAGUGGUUGAUAUCAAGGACAUCAAAGAGGCCUCAGAAUUUCACAGCGAUCACACACAGUCUGAUGAGGAAGAGCUCUGGAUGGGCCCCUGGAAUAAUCUCCACAUACCAAUGACAAAACUGUGAUCAUUUUAUUUUAUUUUAUUUUAAUUUUUACUUGAGUUUGUAAUAAACUGCGCUUUUUAUGGUCAUUGAGAAAAAACAAGAUAGAAUUUGUAUUGUGCUUACGUAAGUUGUACACUUUAAUAACCUGCUUUAAAGUGAACAAGGAGAAAGAAAAUUUUGCACUCACAUUUGUACCAGUGUAUUUCCCAACAUCUGUUGGACACACUUUCAGUUGUGUCAUAAAAAUCUUCAACAAUCAUGUGGGCUCUUGCUCUAUUGUUUUAAAUAACGGCCCACAUUUUAUCACGUCUACUUAUUGCUGAUUCUGCCCUACUAGCACUAUCUGCCUAGCAUAUUGUACUGUUUAAAUACAUUUGACUGAGUUUCCCAAGAAGGAGGGAAAAAAUGUUUACAUCAGAAGAUUUAUAUGGUGUCAUUUAUGCACUCAAAAUCUUUAAAAUGGUUAAUUUUUAUGACAGGUGGGGGUUAUAUUUAAGGUUAUCAUACCA